AUGGAAAAACGAGUAUACGCCAAGGGGAUCAAACUGUUGAACACAGUAGGAAAAGUGUUCUGUAAGCUGCUGAACGAUGGGAUAGUGGCAGUAUUGGAGAAGGAACAUAGCAUUAGUGAGGGCCAGGCAGGUUUCCGAAAAAAGAGGGGGUGCGUAGACCACGUAUUCACGGUAGGGAGAAUCAUCCAAGGUAGAAAGAGGGCGGGAAAGCCGACGUAUUGCUUCUUCCUUGACGUGAAAAAGGCAUACGACACCGAAUGGAGAAAUGGGUUGUGGAAACAACUGUCCAAAUACGAGAUCAAGGGGAAAAUGCGGAGAGUGCUGAAGAAGAUGACAGAGUGUACGAAAAGCGCGGUCAUGCUAGACGGAGAACUGUCAAAAUUCUUCGACAUUGAGCAGGGGGUCCCACAAGGUUGCACGCUGUCCCCAACAUUGUUCCAGGGUAAGGAAACGUCGGUUUCAGGAAUGCUGUUUGCGGAUGAUUUUGUCGGUAUGUCGGACACCCCUGAGGGACUGCAACUGCAAAUUGACGCGGCGAAGAAGUUUACUGAUAAGUGGAGAUUGUCUGCCAACGUAAAGAAGAGAGCCGUCAUGGUAUGCAACGAGAACAAGGAUGAACCAGUAGAACAUAGAUGGAAGUGGGGGAUCGAGGAGAUUGCAGUAGUGGACCAAUGCAAGUGGGGGAUCGAGGAGACUGCAGAAGUGGACCAGUACACAUACCUCGGAGUAGAGAUCGCAAAAGACUGCUCGUGGAAUGCACACAUGUCCAAGGUAGCGGAAAAGGGCAAAGCACGAGCAGGGAAGCUGCACCCAAUACUCGCAAACCGGCACCUCGAUACACGCAUCAAAUUGACGGUUUUGAAGAGCGUAAUCGUACCGCCGCUAGAGUACGCCGGAGAAGUAUGGGAAGGAAAUAAGAAGGUAGUGAAAGAACUCGAGGCGGCGCAGAUGAAAGCAGCGAAAACCAUCCUAGGAUGCUCCAGGCGCACAAGUAAUGCAGCCGUGAGGGCAGAAUUGGGGAUCCAAUCCCUACGGUCGGGAAGAGACGCGAGGAAGCUGACCUGGCAGUAUCGCAUGUGCGCGAUGGGAGAGGAGAGGUUGCCGAGCAUUGUAUGGGAGGCGAAGCGGGCAAACGAAAAGAGGGGUAGACAACCCACGGAAUGGGUCAAGGUUGUNGCGAAAGACCUCGAGGCGGCACAGAUGAAAGCAGCGAAAAUCAUCCUAGGAUGCUCCAAGCGCACAAGUAAUGCAGCCGUCAGGGCAGAAGUGGGGAUCCAAUCCCUACGGUCGGGAAGAGACGCGAGGAAGCUGACAUGGCAGUAUCGCAUGUGCACGAUGGGAGAGGAGAGGUUGCCGAGCAUUGUAUGGGAGGCGAAGCGGGCAAACGAAAAGAGGGGUAGACAACCCACGGAAUGGGUCAAGGUUGUAGAGGACGUAUGGAAGGGGCUCGACAUCGACGAAGAUGAAACGCUGGAAACGGAGGGUCUACAGGGGUCCAAGGAGAGGAUAUCUGUUGCUUGUGCCGAGAGAAAAUAA